GUUCUAUUGCAGUUGAAAGGGGAAACACACAAAAUUAUACCUCCUUCAUUAUUUAACUAACUGUGGUUAGUUUAACUUAACCAUGGUUAAAUUCCCCCCUUUAUUUUCACUGCUAGCUUCUGCUUAUAAAGCUAGCUAACCUUGCCGGAGUUUUUCCAUACAAUAUCUAAUAAACAUAAAAUUGCCCUCAAAAGAUGAUGCUUGAAGAAACUCGUCAACUCAAUCCGACGGUCCUCAUUCCGCCUUGGCCUUAUCUAAGCGAUGAUCUAACAGCGGAGAACAACUUCAGUGAUAACGGCAACCCCUUUUACCUCCAGGAAGCGUUAGCAGCGCUGCAAUGUUACUUGCCGUCCGACGAGCCGGGUUUCGAGUCGGAUUCCGAGAUUUCGGGCCUUUACAAUCCGGAUUCUCCAGUCGAUGCUUACUCGUGCGAUCAUUUUCGGAUGUUUGAGUUCAAAGUCCGGCGGUGCGGGCGUGGCCGGUCGCAUGAUUGGACCGAGUGUCCAUAUGCUCAUCCCGGCGAGAAAGCUCGCCGGAGGGACCCGAGGAAGUUUCAUUAUUCCGGUAUGGCUUGCUCCGAUUUCAAGAAAGGGAAUUGUCGGAAAGGAGACUCUUGCGAGUUCGCUCAUGGAGUUUUUGAGUGCUGGCUACACCCUGCUCGUUACCGAACCCUGCCGUGUAAAGACGGGUCGGGUUGUCGGCGUCGGGUCUGUUUCUUUGCUCAUACUCCGGACCAGCUUAGGGUUAUCAACUUUGCUGAUUCUUUUGAUAGUUCACCACCUUGUACGAAAGCAAUGUCGUUUUCCGGUUCUCCACCGGCCGAGUGUUCGCCAUCGGUUUCACCUAUAGCUCAGCCGCCUACUAUUAACACUAUGGUGGCUUCUUUAAGGAACUUGCGGCUCGGUAAAGUCAAGUCUUUACCUUCUUCUGGUUUCGGGUCUCCAAAAGGGUCAAUGAUCCGACCCAGUUUAUCUAGCCUACCUAGUACUCCGACUCGAAACCUGACCCGUCCUGGGAUUGGGUACUUGGAUUUCGAGUGUGGAGAAGAGUUUGUGAUGGAAAGAGUGGAAUCGGGAAAGCACUUGCGUUCAAAAAUAUUUGAGAAACUGAGCCAAGCGAAUUCUUUGGAAAGGGUUUACUCGGGUCUGGUUUCCGGAGGUCCAGAUGUGGAUUGGGUUUCGGACCUGGUGAACUGAGCAAACUCGCUUCCAUCAUUUAUUUUUCUUCUCUGUAAAUUGUUUCCGAAGGAUAUGAGAAGAAAAUACGAGCCAUAUAUAUUCGGUCGAAUCAGUGUAAAAUAUUAUAUUAUUUCUUACAAAAUAUUAUUUUAAAGGUUGAAUUUAUGCUUACAA